GACCAGGAAUCGUCUUCAGCCCUACCUGGUACAUCUUGGGCAGAAAGUGAGGAGGAAAACACCCCCAUUGUUCUUUGGCAUGGACGCAGGUUCAGUGGGAGGAUUAGACUUGACUGAUCAGACUCCUGUUUUAUUAGGCAGCACGGCCAUGGCAACCAGUCUCACGAAUGCAGGAAACUCAUUUAGCGGUCCGCCUAAUCCUUUAGUUCCUAGAUCCAGUAAAUUCCAGAACUCAUCCGUGGAAGACGAUGAUGAUGUUGUUUUUAUCGAACCUGUACAACCUCCCCCGCCUCCUGCACCUGCUGAUCAGAGAACCGUGACAUUUACAUCAUCAAAAAAUGAAGAGCUGCAAGGAAAUGAUUCCAAAGUUCUGCCUUCCUCAAAAGAAUUGGCUUCUCAGAAGGGAAGUGUAAGCGAGACAAUUGUCAUUGAUGAUGAAGAGGACGUGGAAACAAACCAAGGGCAAGAGAAAAACUCCAAUUUUAUUGAACGGAGACCUUCUGAGACUAAAAACAGAACCAAUGAUGUGGAUUUCUCCACUUCCAGUUUUUCAAGAAGUAAGGUAAAUGCAGGAAUGGGUAGUAGUGGUAUCACCACAGAACCAGACUCUGAAAUUCAGAUUGCUAAUGUUACCACCUUAGAGACAGGUGUAAGCGCUGUGAAUGACGGCCAAUUAGACAGUACUGAUGGGCGAGACAUGAACUUAAUGAUUACACAUGUAACGUCACUGCAGAAUGCCAGCUUGGGAGAUGUCUCUAACGGACUGCAGUCAAGUAAUUUUGGUGUUAAUAUACAAACAUACACCCCAUCUUUAACUUCACAGACCAAGACUGCAGUAGGACCUUUUAAUCCUGGUAGAGUGAAUGUGGCAGGAGACGUAUUUCAGAACGGAGAGUCUGCAACUCAUCAUAACCCUGAUUCUUGGAUCUCCCAGUCAGCAUCAUUUCCCCGUAAUCAGAAACAGCCGGGGGUGGAUUCUUUAUCACCAGUGGCCUCGCUUCCUAAACAGAUUUUCCAGCCUUCUGCCCAACAGCAACCCACUAAACCAGUUAAAGUCACUUGUGCAAACUGCAAAAAGCCUUUACAGAAGGGACAGACAGCUUAUCAGCGCAAAGGAUCAGCUCACCUCUUCUGUUCCACCACCUGCCUCUCUUCCUUCUCUCACAAGCCUGCUCCAAAGAAACUUUGUGUUAUGUGUAAAAAAGAUAUAACUACAAUGAAAGGAACCAUUGUUGCUCAAGUGGAUUCAAGUGAGUCCUUCCAGGAAUUCUGUAGCACGUCUUGUUUGUCUCUCUAUGAAGACAAGCAGAACCCCACUAAAGGAGCUCUGAAUAAAUCAAGGUGUACAAUUUGCGGUAAACUAACAGAGAUACGCCAUGAAGUUAGCUUUAAAAAUAUGACUCAUAAGCUGUGCAGUGACCACUGCUUUAAUAGAUACAGGAUGGCCAAUGGUCUGAUAAUGAAUUGCUGUGAGCAGUGUGGGGAGUACUUGCCCAGCAAAGGUGCUGGGAACAACGUCUUGGUCAUUGAUGGUCAGCAGAAGAGAUUUUGCUGUCAAAGUUGUGUCAGUGAAUACAAGCAGGUAGGUAGCCACCCAAGCUUCCUGAAGGAGGUUCGAGAUCACAUGCAGGACACUGUGCUGAUGCAGCCCGAGAAAUACGGAAAACUGACCACCUGUACUGGUUGUCGAACACAGUGCAGGUUUUUUGACAUGACCCAGUGCAUAGGUCCUAACGGAUACAUGGAGCCAUAUUGUUCAACUGCUUGCAUGAACAGUCACAAGACAAAAUAUGCAAAAUCACAAAGUUUGGGAAUUAUUUGCCAUUUUUGUAAGCGAAACUCUUUACCUCAGUAUCAAGCCACAAUGCCUGAUGGAAAACUGUAUAACUUUUGCAAUUCCAGUUGUGUGGCUAAAUUUCAGGCUCUCAGCGUGCAGUCCUCUCCAAAUGGCCAGUUUGUAGCGCCCAGUGAUAUUCAGUUGAAAUGCAACUAUUGCAAAAAUUCCUUUUGUUCAAAACCAGAAAUCCUGGAAUGGGAGAACAAAGUGCAUCAGUUCUGCAGCAAAACUUGCUCAGAUGACUAUAAGAAGCUGCAUUGCAUAGUUACGUAUUGCGAAUACUGUCAAGAGGAGAAGACUCUUCAUGAAACAGUAAAUUUCUCUGGCGUUAAGAGACCUUUCUGUAGUGAAGGCUGCAAACUAUUGUACAAACAGGAUUUUGCAAGACGUUUAGGACUGAGAUGUGUUACUUGCAACUAUUGCUCUCAGCUGUGUAAGAAGGGGGCAACGAAGGAGCUGGACGGCGUGGUGAGGGACUUCUGCAGCGAGGACUGCUGUAGGAGGUUUCAGGACUGGUACUACAAGGCCGCGAGGUGCGACUGCUGCAAGUCUCAGGGGGCGCUCCGGGAGCGGGUGCAGUGGCGCGGGGAGAUGAAGCACUUCUGCGACCAGCACUGCCUGCUGCGCUUCUACUGCCAGCAGAACGAGCCCAACAUGGCCACGCAGAAGGGGCCCGAGAACUUGCACUACGAUCAGGGUUGUCAGACGUCCCGAUCCAAAAUGACAGGCUCAGCACCUCCGCCUUCUCCGACCCCCAACAAGGAGAUGAAGAACAAAGCGGUUCUGUGCAAGCCUUUAACCAUGACCAAGGCCACUUACUGCAAACCCCACAUGCAGAGCAAGUCCUGUCAGACGGACGGCGGCUGGAGGGCAGAGCGCGUGCCGGUGCCGGUGCCGGUGCCUGUGUAUGUGCCGGUGCCCAUGCACAUGUACAGCCAGAGCGUGCCCGUGCCUACCACGCUCCCCGUUCCCGUGCCAGUUCCCGUGUUUCUGCCCGCCCCCUUGGACAGCAGUGAGAAGAUCCCUGCAGCAGCGGAGGAGCUAAAAAGCAAAGUUUCUUCAGAGCCUCUCGAUACAGAGCUGCUCACGGUGACAGACGUGAUGACCGAGGAUGAGGGGGGAGCGGAGGGCGCCGACGUCAACAGUGUGAUUAUGGAGACAGACGUAAUCAGUUCAGACCUCGUGAAGAGCUCUGACCCAGAGACACAGUGCCACGUGCCCGACGUUCCAUACGAGCCAGACCUGGAUAUUGAAAUAGAUUUCCCCAGAGCUGCAGAGGAGCUUGAUGUGGAAAAUGAGUUUUUAUUGCCACCUGUAUUUGGAGAAGAGUAUGAGGAGCAGCCUAGACCUCGAUCUAAAAAAAAGGGAGCCAAGAGAAAAGCGGUGUCAGGAUACCAGUCUCAUGAUGAUAGUUCUGACAACUCAGAGUGCAGCUUUCCUUUCAAAUACACGUAUGGUGUCAACGCAUGGAAACACUGGGUCAAGACCAGGCACCUGGAUGAAGAUCUUCUGGUAUUAGAUGAGCUAAAAUCUUCUAAAUCAGUAAAGUUAAAAGAGGACCUCCUCUCUCACACCACUGCUGAACUUGACUAUGGGUUGGCCCAUUUUGUCAAUGAGAUCCGACGGCCCAAUGGAGAAAAUUAUGCACCUGACAGCAUCUACUACCUUUGCCUUGGGAUUCAGGAGUACUUGUGUGGUAGUAAUCGAAAAGACAACAUAUUUAUUGAUCCAGGAUACCAGACAUUUGAGCAAGAAUUGAAUAAAAUACUCCGAAGUUGGCAGCCAAGCAUACUUCCAGAUGGGUCAAUCUUUUCUCGAGUUGAAGAAGAUUAUCUGUGGAGGAUAAAACAACUAGGCUCCCACUCUCCAGUAGCUCUUCUGAACACCCUCUUCUACUUUAACACUAAAUAUUUUGGCCUGAAAACAGUGGAACAACACUUAAGACUUUCCUUUGGCACUGUGUUUAGGCAUUGGAAAAAAAACCCCGUAACAAUGGAAAAUAAGGCAUGUCUUCGAUACCAGGUGUCUUCCUUGUGUGGAGCAGAUAAUGAAGAUAAAAUCACUACUGGAAAAAGAAAACAUGAAGAUGAUGAGCCAGUCUUUGAACAAAUUGAAAACACAGCCAACCCUUCCAGAUGUCCUGUGAAGAUGUUCGAGCGCUACCUGUCCAAAAGUCCACAGAAUCUUAAUCAGAGAAUGGAUGUUUUUUAUUUGCAACCAGAAUGCUCUAGUUCUGCAGAUAGCCCUGUCUGGUACACAUCUGCGUCACUGGACCGAAACACCUUGGAAAACAUGCUCGUACGGGUUCUUUUAGUAAAAGAUAUUUAUGAUAAAGACAAUUAUGAACUGGACGAAGACACAGACUAAAAAAGGAACGUUUCAGAAGCAAUCGGGAUAAAACAGCAUUAGGUAGUCAUGCUGCUAGGUCUUCAUUAUGGAAACAUUUCAAGUUUACUCCUUCUGUUUUGAGUUUUGUAGCAUUGCACCCACACUGGGUACUACCGUGUAAAUAAUCUGUGAGUGGGAGCUGCCCCAUUAUUCUGUGUAGUGGUUUUAGGACACUUACAAAUACAUUCAGAUUCUUUUUUUUUAUUAUUAUUUAUUGAUUAGGUAUGUUUGUAACUUUUUACAUUGCAAAACAUGAAUGAGAAUGUGCCAUGUAUAAUUUUUCUUGUAGUAAGGAACAUCCAUCUUGCACAACUCUGCUGUUGCAAAGCUCCCUGGGAGGGGCUCUUCUCCUGGACUCCUGACCAGGGGUUGUGUGUGGGGAGCGCUACUAAACCUGAGAACCUGCAGUGUCUUUCGGAAUUUUUAAAAUAAACUGUAAACUACUA